AUGAAGACAACUGUUGCAUCAGGAGCCAUUAUGAGUGAAAUGCUGACCAGGGUCAACAAAACAAUCUCUCUGAAUAGCACCAUCUCCCCGUUACCACCAAACUGCAGUAAAGAUGAGUCAUACAAAUACAUCAUCUUGCCACUCUGCUACUCUCUGACUUUCAUCCUAAGUUUAGCGCUGAACUCCACGGUUCUGCUCCGUUCCCACCGUCAACGCAACAACCACAGGUGGAACGCGUCGGUAAUUUACAUGGUGAACCUUGCGUCCACCGACCUAAUGUAUAGUUUCUCUUUACCGUUCCUGGUGAUAAGUUACCUUAUGCGCGACCACUGGGUCUUUGGGGACUUCAUGUGCCGCCUGGUGCGUUUUCUUUUCUACUUUAACCUGUACUGCAGUAUCUUUUUCCUCACCUGCAUAUCAGUGCACCGGUACAUGGGCAUCUGUCACCCAAUCAGGAGCAUCACUCUCGAGAGCAAGCGAACGGUUAAAGGGAUCUGUGCUGUGGUCUGGAGUGUGGUAUUCGCGCUCACCUGCCCCAUCUUUCGUUUCGCCCAAACUGGGCAAGUUAUAAGGAGAACGGAGGAAGAGGGACAAGAAUUCGGGGACGCGGAACAAGGAUCAGGAGACAAGGAAAUCGAGGCGGAAAGAUUCUGGAAUUGUUGGGACGACGCAAUCGACAGAGAAUUCUCAGAGUACGUGCCCUACGGGAUCGUCCUUCAUCUGCUGGGCUUUUUCGUCCCUUUCGUCAUCAUCGCUUGGUGUUACUCGCGAGUGGUCCGAACCAUCUUCCAGACGCUUCACUCUCAGCCUCAGCUGCAGGAGUGUGUCGUCGUUAGCGGGGGGGCAGAAGGUGGCAGGGAAAGGACUUCUGUCUCGUUUUCUGGCUCUCAGCACUCUCCCUAUGUCAGCAGGCGCCGCAGAUCAAUCAAAACCAUUGUCACGAUUACCCUCCUAUUUGCGCUGUGCUUUCUCCCGUUCCAUGUCACACGCACCCUGUUCCUCGUCCUCAAAGAAAUCAAAGAGGUGGAGUGUCACACCAUGCGCACUGUCUCCAUUUGCUACAAGGUCACGCGUCCGCUCGCCUCUUGCAAUUCCUGGCUCAACGCUCUUCUUUACUUCCUGACGGGCGACAAAAACAUGCCAUGCUGUGUGAAGACUGACAAAGCUCCUGACAGACUGCUCUGGCCCCUGAAAACCCUUCAUAAAGCCAAAGAGAGAGAGGUUCCAGAACCAGAGGAACCAGAAAAAACACAGCACGAAGAGACAGAUUCAAAAUCUUCAGGGAUAUCCUAG